CAUGAAGCUCCUCCCCCACCGCUACCCCUUCCUCCUCGUCGAUCGCGUGCUCGAGAUCGAGCAGGGCUCCUACGCCAUCGGCCUCAAGAACGUGACCAUCAACGACAACUUCUUCCCCGGUCACUUCCCCCAGCGCCCCAUCAUGCCCGGCGUUCUCAUGGUCGAGGCGAUGGCGCAGGUCGGCGGUCUCAUCAUGCUCGACCCCGCCGCAUCGGGCGACGGCGGAACCCAGCAGGAGUUCUUCUUCGCCGGCAUCGACGGCGUCAAGUUCCGCAGGCCCGUCGUCCCGGGCGACCAGCUCGUGAUGAAGGUGGUCCUCACCAAGAUGAACAAGCGCUUCGGCAUCGCCAAGAUGAAGGGGCAGUGCUUCGUCGGCGAGGAUCUCGCGUGCGAGGCGGAGCUCACCCUCGCCCUCGGCUCGUGAGCGAACGAUUCCGUGAGGUUGGUUGCGUCGAGUGAGAUUUUGUGAGCGAGAUUGAGCAGUUGUAACGAGACAUCGUUGGUU